AUUAGUGACAUCCAACUAUGUAACCAAACCAGUGACAAACUUGCUGUCUGUCCAUCUUUGACAUUGUGGAUGAGAGACUGAAAGGUUGUCCUUCGUUAUAUGUGCCUUGCAACUGAAGGUGUAGUCUGCCUUUCACGUUUGGUUCCCAUGUCCCUUUUUUUCCAUCUUCCUCAUUUCAAACUUCCCUGUGAGGGUAAAUUUCCCAACACUAAUGUUGUUGUCUACGUGCUGGAGUGUGUUACUGUUUUAUGCGUGCUGUACACAUGUGCAGACGUGUGUUACAUGAGGAGAAAGCCGAAAGGUAGGGGGAGAGAGGCGGAGCCUAGUCAGGUCUGACAUACCUACAAAAAGUGGAACCUGAGCGGAUAGUGGGCGGGGAACUGCCACACACAGUAUAACAACAGCGGUUUGAUUUUUUUUUCUUUUAAGGAGCAGAUUGGUGCGGGAAAAGAAACAAACAACUCUAGUGGAGUGUGAAGGUGCACUGAAACUAACUUUGAGAAUGCCGAGUUUGGGAGCAAAGAAGAAGGACAAUGUGUCCAGAAUGGAGAGAUGUAUUGAAGACUUGCCACAGCUGAGCAACGAGAUGCAGCUGAGCAUCAUGAACAAGGUGAAGAAUGGAGAGCUGUCCAUCGACGACGCUUUGGACCUCGCCAGGAAGGACCGAGGCCAGUUAACCAAAUUGCAGAGUGCUCCCGAGGAGGAGGAGCUUCCCUCACAGUACAACUUCAGCGUGCACAAGCAUGGACGCUAUAGGUGGAAGAAGAGGGUUCUUCAGAUGGAUUUCACCACCAAAAUGCUGUGCACGAUCGAGAAAGGCAUCGUCAAGCGCCAACUUCCCUUUGUCAUCAUCAAAAGUUGUGAUGACGGAGUCGGUUCCAGGUUCUCUAUUUCGUUCAAAGGCCACCAUGAUUACGAACUGGAAGCCACUUCAGUGGACGACAAGCAUAAGAUAAUGCAGCUUGUUAACCAGAUAAUUUACAGAAACAUCUACAGUCAUGCAGAGGGGGGCAGUGUAGGCACACACCAGCAGCCUCAAGCAUCUCAAACCCUACGGGAAGGUGUCCUUAUGCUGCACAGAGGCGGGCUGGCAUCAUUUCGAUGGGUCAAAUAUGAGGUCCAGCUGCACCCUGGCCAGCUAACACUGACCCCUUUCAGUCGACGUGGCGCCGCCGAUGGUGAACUGAUGACCUUGACGCCUGUAAGCGUUGUGAUCCAUCUGUCGGAUGGAGACACCAGUGUCCAGAAACCUCUCAGUGCCGAUACCUUCACCCUCGUCACUCGCAAAAAUGAAUACCACUUCAGAGUGCCCCCCUCGAGUCAGCCGCUUCCCGGUGCUGUGCAGACGGAGCGAGACGCUUGGGUCCACGCUAUCAGCAAGUUGUGUUCGGACUGGAAAAGAAAGUCAAAGAGCGAGCGCAUGUUUAUGGGCGGCGAGAGCCUCCGACAUCUCAGCAUAGCAGAAGACGUAGGGGAGGACAAUAACGACUCGGACCUCGAGUCUGCUGGAGAGGAUCUUUAUGAAGAUCCAAAUUUGGCUGGUGAAAUGAAUCAAAGUUCCUCUCCAGAAAUUCCUGAUGUCCCAAAACAGGCUGCUCCUGAUCCUACCCUCUCCCACCCCGGCCCCCCACCCUCUAGCAUGGACCCCAAAAACAAUCAAACAGGAUCACAAGAGGACACAGUUUCCUCCACCAAGACAAUACCACCGCCGCCACCUUUACCCCUCAGGUUCAACCUCAGUCCAAGAAACAUCCACACUAAGGCUUUCCACUGGGACCUAAUUGGACCUGACAAGAUCGCGAAAUCAUUUUGGGAGAAAGGAAGCCAGCGAAGAGUUGAAGUCAACACAAGGCGUUUGUACAUGCAAUUUUCAGUGAAAAAUGUCGGGUCCUUUGCAGCACCGGAGCCCAGCAGUACGCAACACAUCAUGCUCAACCAGAAGAUUGCGCACAACUUCAACAUUUUCCUCAAAAGUUUUGCGGUGCAGCCCGCAGAGCUGAAGGACAAACUCUUCAUCAUUAACGAGGAGGAUGGAGGCCUGUCUGACGAGCACAUCACCUCUCUGAGGAGGUAUGUUCCCACGGUGGAGGAUGUGGAGAUGUAUAAAUCCCACAAAGGACCAGUGAGCGAGCUGCAUAUUGUGGACCAGUACAUGAUGGAGAUGUGCGAUAUUCCCUACCUGAGCACACAACUAGACCUGCUGCUCACCCUGAGAGAGCUUCCCAUCAGCAUGAAGGACCUGCAGCCUUUGAUUGGCCAGAAGAUUGCGAUGUGUACAGAGCUGAACAGUUGCAGGUCAUUCGUUUCCGUGCUGGAGUACCUGCUGGCAAUCGGCAAUUACCUCAACGAGAACGCCGGAAAGAAGAAGGCCAAGGGAUUCCGCCUCUCAUCCUUAGCUAAACUGCCGCAGCUUCGCGGUACAGAGCGGACUUUCACCUUGCUCCAUGCCCUUGUGGAGCAAAUCAUGUUGCAUGAACCGGUCUUGGCCAACUUUACCAAGGAGUUGGGAGAAUUUGAAACCGUCCCAGGAGCUUCUGUCAAAGGCCUAACUGCUGAGGUAGAUGUACUGAAAAAUGAACUGCAGAAAGUCAUCCAGUAUGGAAAAAGCUCCAAGAAGAGAAAUGUUGAGGCGCAUCAUGCACACUUCAGCAAAGACCUGAAGGUAGCAGUGGAAAAAUACAACGCAGAUCUUUUGGCCUUGACGAAGUCUUGUGAGGAGAUGAAAAAGCUCUACUCGAGCAUUUUGGUGAAAUUUGGAGAGGCGGCCGACCAGGACUCUCAGGAGCUCUUUGGCUUCAUCUGUCAGUUCAUCCACGACUUCAAGAGGGCCCGCGCUGAUGUUAUAUAGAAUUCAUUCUCUGACACGACUAGAAUAUCAACCUUAUGGUUUCUACUUCCGUUUUUCCACAAUUUGAAGUCUAUGUUUUAUCAAUGUUAAAUUCAGCAAUCAAAACAGUGAAACCUCCAAUAAAAUGUUCUCAAAGGAAAUAAUGGAAAUAGAAAAAAAAUGUGCUUCAGGUUCAAACUAUAAACCUUGACUAACUGUAUAAACAAUAUUUUAAUUAACAUGACGCCAAUAGAACUCGACAGAGGGAGAUUACUGCCUGUAAUGAGGAGGCAAUUCUCAUUACAAUUAGACAAAAUCCCUUUUUUAUAUGUGUCUAUUCCUCUUGGUGACAAAAAAAAAACCAACAAAAAAACAUUGAGUGUCACAUUUGUGUUUGUUGGUCCAUCCUUUUGUUAGUUAGCAGACUUCUCCCUGGUUCAUGGAUGAUGAUGACCAGAUGGGCAAUGCCAUUAUAUUUUGGGGUAAUGCCAUAAUGACUCAAAUGGUGAAAAUGUCUUUCUUGAGCCAGGCAUCACCAUCUGAAAAGUUUUGUACUCAAAGUGUAAUUGUGCUAAAUGUCCUAUUAUUAUUUACUAUGUUGUCGGACUAAUACUUUUGCACACUACUCCGGCCAGGAGUGGCCUUCUGGUGUGCUGGGCAGAUGCCUGGUGGGCCGGCAUCUUUUGGAAGGAGCAACCCAUGAAUCCAAUAUAGCAAACUAUACAAAUUGACAUCAAUAGCAGAAUUACAUCGUAGCCUACAAAUUUGAU